GAUAUUAAAACGUUUGUUUUGCCAAAAAGGUCCAGAGGUGACAACAUGGUUAUCUCCAGCCCUCAGAGUGACCUGGAGGCCAGGUUUGCUCAUAUCCUCCAACCCAUCAGAGACCUGACCAAAAACUGGGAUGUGGACAUCGCUAACCAUUUGGAGGAAUAUCUUGAUGAGAUUGAAAGUAUAUCAGUUACAUUUGAUGGAGGGGCAACUACAAUGAAUUUUUCUGAAGCUGCAUUGGUCAUCCAAGGGUCAGCAUCAGUGUACAGUAGAAAGGUGGAGUACCUCUAUACCCUGGUAUACCAAGUGCUUGAUUUGCUGGCAAGCAAAAAGCGACAAACACAGGCCUCCUCUGUGGAUGCAGAUGGAAAUGACAGAGAUGCUAACUUUCCACCUGACGCAGAUGAAGAGUUCCUGACCCUCGAUGAUGUCAAAGUUCACAAAAACAUUAAUAUGAAGAGUGAUGGGGAGGACCCUACACAGGGUGUUCAUCCUAUACCCAGAACCCCAAUGUCUCUAAUUCCCUUGGAUGAUGGAGAGAAAGGAAAGAAUCCAUUAUUAAGUAAAACUGGCGAGUUGCUGGGCAGCAGGAAUGAUUUCAAGAUGAACACAUGUAACAUACAUCAAACUGGAGCCAUGCUGCUGGAUAUGUCCCACUUAAACCUGUUAGAUGGUUCCAUGCAGGCCAAGACCUCAACCCCGAUAGCUGCCUUAAACAUCCAUAAUAAGGGCACAGAAAUCGUUCCACAGGAAGUGGAUGUGAAUCAGAACGCCUGUGAUGAGGACUUUCCACAAGAUGUCAGCAUGGAUGAUAACAAUGUCGAGAUGCCAUUUGAUGAUGCGGGGGAAACCGCCGAUAAUAAUAAUGAUGUCCUUAAAGAACAAGUACAUGAGACACUUCCUCUUGCUCUCAGACGUUCAGAGAGAAAGAAAGAACAUAUAGCAGAGAAAAAGAAUGUACCUGAGAUCAAUUAUUGGGAGCCCCUAGAUCCUCAUUGCUCUGAAAACUUGACAGAGAAACCAGCCAAAAAAGGACGACCGUUUAGAAUACCUGCUCCAUUACAGACCAACAAAAAGAAGAGGAAAAAGACUCCGGAGAAGCAACCACUUGUUCCUAUUUCACAGUUUAUAACGACAGCUUUUUAUUCUCAUUCAUCAAAGUUCCCAAAGAAUCCUUUAAAAGUACCGUCCUUCCCUGAGCUGGAGAAAAUGUAUUGGGAAGAGUUUCGGCGAAGACAGAGCUUUCAUAAAAAAGAGAGGAAAGUAUUGGUGGAGGAGGGCAGAUAUGAGGAAUUGGCAGAGGAGGAGCAGCAAGAUGAACCAGAGGAGAAUGCUGACAUUAACAUUCCAUCACCAGAUGAUGAUCAAGAUGAUGGAGGGGAUGGUGGGUUUGAGUGUGAAGAUCUGCCUAUCAGUGAUGAGAUGCUGUCUACGAGAGAAGAUAAGGUGUCAUUAAGCUUCCAAAGCCAGGGUAGCCAAGGUUUGAUGGUAUCAUCUUACGAGGAAUUGGUUCGUCAUCAUGUGGAGGGUUUCCUGGCGAGUGCCCAGCAGUAUGCUCAGAUUACAGAAUUAGCAAAGAGGGUGACAGAAUGGGAGGACAAGAUUGGACCCAAGCUACAGGAAGAGGAUACCCACCCACCAUUUGAUAUCCAUCAGUAUGGUACAAAUGUCCUUGAUCACAUGGGUAAUACAAAGAGGAUCCCAUUUCGGCACAUAGCUUCUGGCAAAAAAGUAUAUGAAGUCUGCAGGCUUUUUCUGGCAACAUUACAGUUGGCAAAUAAUUACAAUGUGAAGAUAGAGUGUGAAGGAAAACUGGAAGAAGGCAUGGACAAAAUGGAGCUGGAGUUACUGUCUACAAAGCGUAUAUAUGAGGAACUGGCUGACUACAAGGCCCCUUCAGCAAGCUAAUAAACACUGCACUGUCCUGAACAUAAAAUGUUUAAACUAUGCCUGGACACUUUUUAUCUGGACACUGUUUCAACACAUUGUCAUUCUCUACAUUUGUACAUAUUCUGUGAAAAAUCAUACUGUAUAUAAACUUUUAUUGUAUAGAUUUGAUUAGCACUUAAAGGUAAAGACCUCUCAGAAUUGAGGUAACAAUCAUUGGAAAAACCAAUGAAAACCAUGGAUGAAAAUACCAUCUUUUUUUUCUUCAGAUUUUUCUCUUCAAAA